GGGAGUGUGACUUGAACAGUUGAAGUUACUUGAUUGUUUUGUUGAUUGAAAUUGUGUUCAGUUAGAAGUAAAACAUUAUGGAGAAUUUAUUUAAAUUUAUUUUUGUGGCCAUUAUUCUCGGAGUUGUCCAAGGUGAGGAACAAUGCUCACAAAAGCGGCAAGAUAGCAUUGGUAAAGGUAAUCGGCUCAUCGACCAAGAUUUCGGUCUGGAAUUAACAGCAGAUGAUUUAAUCACUUCCAUGAUGUCUCCGUGGAUGUUCCGGGAUUAUUACCGACCAUGGCGUUACAUGGAAUCGCUUACUAGGGAUUUGGGAUCGACUAUAAAGUCUGAGAAAGAUAAAUUUACUAUUAAUUUGGAUGUUCAACAUUUUGCUCCUGAAGAAAUUAGCGUGAAAACUGCAGAUGGGUAUGUUGUCGUGGAGGCCAAACAUGAGGAAAAGAAGGACGACCACGGCCUUAUUUCCCGGCAGUUCCUGAGAAGAUACGCUUUACCAGAAGGCGCUGAGACCGCAGAUGUGGUGUCCCAACUAUCAAGUGAUGGUAUUCUGACUAUCACAGCACCAAAGAAGGAAGUGGACGGUAAAGGUGAAAGGGUGGUGCCCAUCACUCAAACAGGUCCAGUACGUCAAGAGGCUAAGGAAUCAAAAGAAGAAAAGUCAUGUUCUGCCAAGGAAAAAUGUAAAAAUUAAGUUUUCUUCUUAUCUUUAUUGAGUUCCAUAAAUAAUUAACACAAUUAUUGAUCUUUCUAUUAUCGUCCUUAUCCCUAGUUUUAAGAAUCAUGAUCAAUUAUGAUAAUUGAGUUGCAUUUUAUUAAUUGAGUUGCAACUUACAGCACCGGCCCUUAUAGGAGAUAGAAAUGUAGAGGUCACUGACCACUAC